UAUCAUCCAUCUUAAGUGGGAUUAGUAUCCUACAUUGAAUUGUGCCGAGUAUUAAAAAGUUCAAGCCAACCGAAUUUCCAUGUUAAGCAAAUUUAGUACGAGGUUUUUUAAUGUAGCAGAUAUGAUCUAUAAUUUGAAGAAAUGUUAUAAUUGUGCUUCAAAUGCACAGCAGAUCAUCGUUGCAGCAGAUCGGAUGUCUACAGCGCGAGUGUCGCAGGCUACGUGUAUGUACCACGCAGAUAUGUUGAUUUUCUCUUAAACUCCAAGCAGAAUUGAAGUCUCUGAUAUUAUAUCAUAUUACCUCCUUUAUUGUUAAUUCUUCUUUGUAGUUAUUUAGGAUCUCUUUUAUGAGAAUAUCGUCAUACUGUGACUUAUGAAAGUAGGAAGCCAAUUGUGGCUGACAUAAUAUCGAAAUAGUAGCCAAUUCACUAAAAGGACAUGAGGCUGCAACUACAGGUUGAAACGCAGCCUAAAGUCUGCUUGGAGCAAGUUGGCUGCUGCUUUCAAUCACAUGUAGAAGCGAGUUCGUUCAUAGCGACGCGCUCAAGAAAAUUCUUCCCAAAAUCUCAAUUAUUGAAAAUCUGAGAUUUCAGUUCAACUCGAAACAAGUCUUCAAGUGAUCAUUGUUUGAAUACGCAUCAGUUUUUCUAAGAAAAAUCUAUUUUUUGUACAUAUUCUACUGUAAAACACACUGGUGAACAUAUGCCAAAUUGUGUGGAGCUGAGUUGAAACAUUAACUUCGAUGCGGUAGCUGAUGUUUUAACCCUCUUCUUAAAUUAAAAUGUUCGAAAACGCAUCUCCUGAUCUGAAACAUGAAUAUUACAGAGAUGAUGAAUUUAUUGAAGAAUUUGAACAUAAACCAUUACUAAUAUGUAUACCUAAAGUAGAACCUCUAUGUUCUAGUACAACUGAUUUAAUUGAAGAUACAUCAAAUGUGAAGGGAGAGAUGACACCAAUUCCUUCGACUAUUCCAUAUAAAAUAAAAGAUCCCAUUAUUUUACUUGAAAGAUGUGAUAAAAUAUGGGAAACACUAAAAGUUAUAAAAAAUGUGCAAGGUACAACUAAGAUUGAUACAUCUAAUGCACUGCCAUCGGCAAUAACGACUUCAAAACCAUUAUAUAUCGAAUACCAACCAGUAUUAGGUAACAACAAUACGGAAUUGCCAAAUUUUAAAUUUUAUGUGAAAUCCAAAAAAAAGUUAUUUCAUUGUUCUAUAUGUGGAAGGCAAUAUACUGAAAAUCGGAGAUUGAGAUAUCAUUCAGAAAAAAUACAUGGUAUUUACAUAGCACCAAGACGACAUCUCAAAAAUCCUGAUAAAGUGAAAGAAAAAGAUCCUAACAUUGUUGAGAAAGAGGAAGAUAAUUCUGAAAAGGUUUCAUUAAAGAAAAGUGAAAAUAAAUUACAUACUGAAGCUUCAUUGUUACAAAAUGUGUCGUCACCAAAUAAUAAUAAUACAGUUGUCCCAAAUCUUCACUCAAGAAGAAGUAAAUCUAAUAGUCUUGUAUGCAAUAAUAAUGAUAAUCAUAUCAAUGGAACUACACAAAAUGACCAAGAAAAGAAAUUAACUAAAGAAGUAAGACAAAAUGAAAAAGUAAUCUCUGCACGAAAUUCUACAGCUUCAUCAACAUGCACAUUGUGUCAACAGGUUGUAAGGAAUAUAAGAAAACACUUAACUGAUUAUCAUAAAAUUGAAUCCCCUGAUUUUAUGUUAAAGAAUUUAGAUAAAACAUGUACUGCCUUAAAAAACAAUAAAUUAAAAAGAAAAUUUUCUAGUGACGAAGACGAAAUUGUGGGUGAAGUUAUUAGAAAAGAACAUGAUAUUCAAAAUAAAAGACGAAAAUUAUCUAAGAAACGCGGGCAAGGCAAUCGUCAAUGUGAUAUAUGCCUUGGUAUUUAUACAAAGAGGAGUUUUUAUGAACAUAUACGUGUUCAUCGUAAUCGUGGAGAAACGAAAGAGAAUUUCCAUUUAUCCAGAAACAGAUAUUUCAAUUCUCCCAUAUACUUACAAUCGAAAUUCAGUUCUGUGCACAUGUCUUUUGAACAUACAAAUAAAGAUAAUUCUGAAUUUCAUAAAAAUAAAGAGAAAAUUAUGCAAAAUGAGAAUAAGAGUAACAAUAUAUCAGAUAUAAAGUAUUAUGACAAACAUAAACAUAUUUGUUUAUGUGGGAGAGUAUUUCGUAAUCCCUAUACAUUGUUUAUGCAUAAAAAAGUAUGUACUUUUAUAAAUGAUGUGAAUCAACCAAUAAUAGAAAGUAAUGUAAAUAGAAAAAGUCGAUAUGAUACAAGAAGUGGUUCUGGUAGAGAUUCUGGGCUUGGAAUUAACAUAACAAUAAAGAAAAAGAAUGAUUCUUAUGAAAUUAUUGACAAAGAUAAUACAAGUGAAGAUAAUAUUACAAGAUUACAAUUACAAGAUUUCAAUCAUCCAAAAGACUUUAAUUUGUCUAAUGAUGUUCUAAUAUUAGCUAAAUAUAGUGAGAAACAUAGUAUUUUGAAGAUCCAAUCUGCUGAUGAAAAUAUUGAUAUUGACAUUGAAGAAGAUUCACAAACCAAUUCCUGCGAUGAUGUUAUUUGUGGUUCCUCAAGUGAAAUAGUAAGUAAUUUGUGCAAAGAAGAAAAGCAACAAGAAAUAACAGAACCAAAUAAUAUAUCUUACGCAAAGAAUGUUAAGUCAAAACUUGGCAAACAAUCUAAUAGUGUUACAGUAACUUUUGCUAAAAGAUAUAAUAUUUGUGUAUGUGGCUCUAAAUUUUAUACUAAGAAAGCUCUCGACAUUCAUACUAGUAAACAUCAUUUAAGAUCAGAACUGUUAUGUGGAUACUGUAAAAUUAGUCUUCCGAAUGCUAUGGCAUGGAACAAGCAUUGGUGUUCUGUUAAUGAAGGAAAACGGUUUAUAUUUGUACCAAUGGAGCUUAAGUGUCAUCAUUGCAGCGACAUUCUAAAUACAUAUAAAAAGUUUGAUGAACAUAUUAAGCAUAAACAUUCUGAUCCUGUAGUACCAUUUCAAUGUUUUUAUUGUUCUAAACGGUUUUCUAAUAUUACAUCUCGUAAAAUGCAUUCUGAUGCUGAUCAUGAAGUAACCACCUGUUCUAUAUGUAAUAACAAAUGUGAUGAUGUUAUGAAAUCCAGGCAUAAAGCAUAUCAUUAUGGACUUGGAUUUCCUUGUCAUUAUUGUAAAAGAACUUACGGCAGUAAAAACUAUUUGUUAAGACAUAUGAGAAGAGUUCCUCAUCAUUCUAACAUGAAUCAUCUUUCAUAAAUUUUGUAAAUUUUAUAAAGAAAAGUGGAAUACUCAAAAAGUCAUGAAGAUGUCAUAAUAAUUUCACUGAAAUAGAUCAUUUAAACACGUAGUUUGAUUUGUGAAUGAAAUUAACUAUAAUAUGAUUUAUACUUCAUUUCACUACUUUUCCUUUUUUUUUCUAAUUAAGACAGUAAUAAAUAAUACCCUUAGUUAUAAAAUAUCAUUUUAUUAUAUAUGUUAUAUAUUUUCAAUGUAAUGAAAUAUGCAUAUUAUAUUGGAAAGAUAUGCUAUGCUACAUUGUCUAGUGUAUAAAAUAAUGUGAUUAUAUAUUAAAUAAGUAAAUAUGUAUAUAAAAGUGUAGGUUUAAGCGAUGUAAAGGUGAAUAAAAAUUUCAUAGUUUGAAAUAUUAUAAUAAUAUCUAAUUUUUAUUCUUUAGAUACACAAUAGAAAAUUUAACUCAAUUGUAAUCAUAAGUAAAGUUUUAACAUCAAAUGAUUAAGUAAAUAUUGUAAGAAGUCAUAGUGAUUGAACAUUAAAAAAACUACUGUUUUUAUUAUAUAUAUGUAUAUAUAUAAUUUAAAUAUGUAUAUUUUUAACACAUUUCUGACAGAGGGAUUUAUCUAAAUACAUUUGUAUAUACCCCCGAGUAAUUCGGAUAACACAAGACGCAUUGAUUCAAUGUGUUAAUGAUAGUACAUAUGUAUUUAGAGAGAUAGUUUAUAGCUAUAAAUAUAGUUUUAUUUACGUUAAUUAUAAUUUAAUUGUUAAUUCUCUUUAGUUAUCAAUUGCAUGUACAUAAGAAUGAAAACAAAAUACGGAAGUAUACCUACAAAAUAUUAACGAGGCAAAUGCUUUGUAGUUAAUAAAUAUGUUACAUAGUUAUUAUUAAAACCGUUUUUUCUUUUUAGGUAAUAUUAAUUUAUCAAUAUUGAUUGUUAUGUAAGUUUUUAGUUCGAUUCGUUUUAUAUCGUAGAACAUAAGAAUUAAUUAAGUAUUGAUAUUCUUUUACUGUUUAUAUUAAAGAUGUGAUUUUUUUGGAUUAAGAAACUUCUUUUAUGUAUUUAUGUAUUUUUAUUUGGACACGUCGUGAACUGUUUCACAUUAAAAUAUACUGUUGGAAACAUAAAUGUUAGCACACUAUUGAAAGCAGAAUAACUUUUUCAAAAUUUGAUUAAAAGUCUUGAACUUUUCUGGGGAGCUAGAAGGAUUAGUUUAUUACAUUUAAAAACAUUUUUGAAAAAAUUCCAGUUGGUCGAAGUAGCGAAGAAAAUACUUAAGGUCAUUUUUUACAACUUUUUUAUCGGAACCUGUAACGAAAAUUUAAAAAAUACAUGUUGUAGAUUUAUAUUCUUUACACACAUGCCGAAAAUUUUAUUGAAAUCGGUUGAUGCAGAAACAAGCAACAGGCAUCGAAAGAUGAACAAAAAUGUAGAGUUAUCACAGUUAUAGGCCGUAGAGUAAUAAAUAAAAUUACAGAAAUCUGCCAUUUUUAUCAUUUUUAAUCGUUUGUAGCUCAUAGCAACGUUAACCGCUUUUGAUGAAAUUUUCAACAUAUGUAUAACUGAUAUAAAUCUACAAAACGGAUUUUUUAAAUUUUCGUUACAGGGUCAGAUAAGAAAAUUGUAAAAAUCUUCACGAUUCUGACCAACUGCAAUGUACAAAAAAAAUUUGUUUCUCUUCAUCUAGGAAAUUAAUCCUUCUAAUUCCUCAAAAAUUUUAAGUCGUUUGGAGCAAUUCUAAAAAAUUAUUGUAUUUUAAAAAUUGUACUAAUAUUUAUCAAGUUCCUAACUGCAUAUCAAUUAUUUUAUAUAUUAUGUAUUAUACCUUUACAAGUAUAAACUACAAUGAACUUUAAUGUAAAUAAUAAUUUAUCUUUUAUGAUUUUAUAAUACAAAUUCAAUACGAAUUCUCAUUCCGAUGUUGAAGUGUUAAAUAAUAAUAAAUACCACCCUGUGAAUCAUGUGCAAAUGUAAAUGUAAUGGCAUAUUAAUAUUGAUUGUGAAGAUAAAGGAGAAAAAUAAAGCAACUUCGGUUUGAA